GGAGCUGAGCAUAGCAGCUGGUGUAUUUAAUGUCGGACACUUGAUGUAUGAGACAUAGUUGAAAAUGGCUCUCAAACAGAUUGUGAGUGGGUUUUUUACCAUUCUACUAUGCCAAGGUUGUCUUUCUCAGCCUCUGGCAAAAUGUGGCAUGCGCGGAAGCAGCAGCAACCGCAUCGUGGGAGGUGAGGAUGCAUCUCCAGGAGACUGGCCCUGGCAGAUCGCCUUAUACACCUAUGGUACUUUCCAGUGUGGCGGGUCGUUGAUCACAGACCAGUGGGUGCUGACGGCUGCUCACUGCAUAACAAGCUCUGAUGUCGACAAUGCAGAAGUCCAUUUGGGUGUCAACAGCCUCGAUUCUGAUGGAGUGGUUGUACAACUGGAAAGUGUUGUCUGCCAUCCUGAUUAUGACUCGGAUAACUUUAAUAAUGACAUUUGCCUUCUGAAGCUCGUGGCUCAGGUCAACUUCACAGACUACAUCCAGCCAGUCUGCCUGGCCUCAGAAGACAGCACUUUUUAUGACGGGGACCCCACCUGGGUCACUGGGUUUGGUGCCACGGAAAUACGUUCAAACACCCUGCAGGAGGUGGAAGUGCCCAUUGUGGGGAACAAACGAUGCCAGUGCAACCUUCCACAGUUCACCAUCACAGACAAUAUGGUGUGUGCUGGACUGGAGGAUGGAGGAAAGGAUUCAUGUCAGGGAGACUCAGGCGGCCCCCAGGUGGUCCAGAAGGACAACAUGACCUGGGUCCAGGCUGGUGUUGUGAGCUUCGGUGAGGGAUGUGCUCGCCCUGAUAAGCCUGGGGUCUAUGCCCGAGUGUCCCAGUACCACGAGUGGAUCAGUGACACCGUCACCGGCAUGAGUCCAGGCUUUGUCACUUACAUGUCCCCAUACUGGGACAGAGAUGAGUUCUUCUUUUGCCCAACAUACACAACGCCAUACAUGCCUUACACCACGCCAUACAUGCCUUACACCACUGACGACAGCAUAUUUGGCAGUGGUGAAAACCUGAGCCACUUCACUCACUUCAUCUCCCUCUCAGUCCUUGCUCUGCUGCUUCAUGUUUUCGUUGAGCGUGGUGGAAUGUAAAUGAAGCCCGCUGACUCAAGUAACGUGGCAGGCUUCUCUUUAACUACUCAAUUUUAUGAUAUGUCACCACAAUUCAAGAGGAAGCACUUGCACAUGUUUAUUCGAGAUUAACAUUUUAUUAGAAAUGAAUGAAAGGUGAGGGGAGAUGAUACAGUAUGUCAUGUUGUACUAAAACAAUCAAAACUUGCUUAUUUUAUUCUAGCCAGUCCUUCAAAUCAAUCUUGUAUCACAAGAAAGAGCAACUGAUGUGUAAAUUGAAUCAAAGCUAAAGAUCUGAAUUUAUGAUUUUCAUUAGUAAAUCAAAGGUUUUCAGUAAUUCCAGAAUGUGUAAUGAUUGAUUAUCUCACAUGUGAAGUAAUUCAUGACUUUGAGUUUCCACACGUUUAUGAUUAAAAACAUAUUAAACUACUUUAAAAAGG